UUGGUUCAACCUAUGCGGUUUGAACGCUCAGAUAAAUCUCGUCUUUCUCAGUUUCUCGUACAGCGUUCAUUAACGAACAUCGAGUUAGCUAGCUUCCUUAGAUGGUAUGUUGCUGUCGAACUUCAUGAUCCUGCAUACGCAAAACGUUUUUAUUGUACGUACGAGAUGCUGGAAGAAAAUAUGAUAAAGUUGGGAAUGGGGGCGUUUGACGGUGGAGAUGGCUUUAAGUUAUGGCAAAGUCUCGUUCGCCAGACUGAAUUGACAGCUCAGCCGUGUUCCAUAACGCGAGACGUAAGAAACGUACCAGGCGGAACUCAAAAGAAAAUUGAAAAGCUUUGGCAUCUUCUUUCGGGACUUCUUAGUGAACUUACAUACUUUGAGGAGGUAAUACAUUCUAGAAGGCAUUAAUGACCAUGCCUCUAAAUUUGUAGCUUAUGUGACUCCUAGGGAUGGGAUCGAUACAAUACCCGUACCCGUACCGUUACCGAAUCUGAACAAAACUGGGUACCAAAUAGCGAUGUGUUGAUUGUCGUGACACUCAUGUUCGUAAGUAAUCAAUAGAGUUGGAUUUUAUUUGUUGGUUUAUAGCGUUGUAAUCAUUAAUCGCCAAUUUUUCCAUAUACAGUUCUUGAUGUGGUUCUUAC